AUGAGUUGGUUGCGCAGCACAUCGCUAACAUUUGCAAGACAGUUGUCCAAAACUCUAGACCCUCGUCAUGAUUACGAGCCUCAUGCUUGCUAUAACUCAUUUUGCAAGCACUGGCAGCAAGCUCAUGAAAUUAUAGUCAAAUCACAGCCUCAACAUCUUCAUGAUGAUGUACUGGGAGUGGUCAAUCACUUAGAACAGCUGACAACCCUGCUUGUACUUGAAGCUAAGGCAAGGGAAAUAAGUCAUAUGUCAAGCCCCGCAUCAUGCCUUGAAUACCUCCUUAGCGAGAACCUCCUUGAUAAAUUAUAUGAAUGGGCCGUUAGUACUGGCAAAUACGAAAACGCUGUUCGUUUAGAACAGUUGAGGCUUUUCGGGAAUUUGGUUACGCAUUAUAAUUCACAGGUUAUAGCUGCUGAACCAUUUCUUCGACCGUUACUGAAAUUGCUCAGCAGUUUUCGGAACGAAUUACUACCAGCUAAUCUCGAAAGUCAAUUAGUGUCUCUACUUAAUCAACUAUGUGUGGUGCUGAUGCAGAAUAUGAAACUCAUAGACCUAUUCUUCCUGAUGACACAGACUAAAAAUGGUUCCCAGGCUGAAUUUAUAAUAGGUCGUCUUCUGUUAUGUUGCGUUCAUCGCGAGGGUCCGGCCGGUUCAGAAGCGAGGGACGCGUUUCUUCUGUGCGCCAAAAUGUCAGCCAGUUGCCCGCCAUUGGCACAUUGUCUACUGGCUGGGAAUGCUUGCCCUAUACUAGCCACUGGUCUAAGCGGUUUGUACUCCUUAUUGCCGAGGUCUUUAUGCGUCGCUCGCCUGCUACCAGAUGACGUGAACAGAGUACACAAGUUAACAUUAUUUAUUGACUCAUUGGAGUUUUGCAAUGCCGUGGCUCAGGUUGCACACCCAUCAAUAAAGAGACAUCUAUUAGAUUUGCUUUACCAAGGUUUCUUAGUGCCCGUCAUGGGUCCCGCAUUAUUACAGAAGAAAGCGGAUUCCUUACAGAGCGGUGCGGUUGAACAAGCGACGGCGAUGGCUUAUUUGGAGCUUCUACUGAGAUGUGUCACAUCUGGAGGCCUUUUAAGGGUCAUACUGCAUUAUCUAUUCACAUAUGAAUACGACGGAGUUAAAGUUAUGGAUGUAUUGCUUGGAAGGUUGGAGGGAAAUUCGCAAUUGUCGUUAGUAACGCUAUCACUAAUGGAAACUCUAAUAGAUCUUAAUACAGAAGACGUUAUGAUCGAGCUUGUAUAUAAAUAUCUAUUGAGCGGAAAUCAUUUAUUAGCUGCGUAUAGAAGCAAGCUGACUGACCCAGAGCCUUAUAGAGAGGCUGCGGUUGCUUUUCUUGGUCUAAGUCCGAAUUGUUGUAUGAGAUCAGUACGGAAAACAAGAGAAUGGGUUGACGAACUAGCUAUGAGUGGAAGAAGGAUAUUGGAUUUUAAAUGUGAUGGUGAUAACGGAAGAGUCAACGGCGUCCACGGAGAUAUUGCAAUGAACAAUCUCGUCCAAGAAGUUAAUUUUGACUACGGUAAUCCAAACGAAACUCUCUUCAGUAACUACCACGCGUAUCUCUGUGAUGCUAGAUUCGAAAUAGUAUCUAGGACGAUAGCGUGCGCUAAUUGGACGAACAAAUACGAUAGUGUAAUCCCUAAACGAGAAACAAAUAAUAAUACGAAAGUAACGAAAGAGAUAGAUGCUGGAGCGCAUAUGAGAGAGCAGGACAGCCUAACCAGUGGCUAUGACACUCUCAAGAACAGUGAUACGUCAGAAAAAGAAGCUCACAGCCUUGGCUCAUUAAACGAAGUUGUUGAGAACAAAAGUGAUAAUAAUGAAAUUAAAGACCAAGAUAGCUUGACCUCUAUGGGAGAAAGUAGUGGUUAUGAUAGCUUCCUAUAUAAACUGGACGAUCAGGAUGAUGAAGGCUUUUCAGAGGAUUCGUUCAAGAAGAGUAUUGUGAGUGUGAAGAAAGAAGUGAGGGAGUACGAAGAACCAGUGAAAAGUUGGAGGGUCAGCGCCGAAACAAUUAUCGGUCCUCUUCUAGCCAGUCUUCUUCGUAAGUCAGCGAGUUUCCUAGAAUCUGAAGUAGCUAUUGCGUGUCGUGUAUCAAGUGUGUUAAGCAAACUAGCCUCUUUCCCCACGCCGAUACUAUCAGCGCUACUUCUUUGUCCCGGGUUCCUGUUGCAACCAAACGUACCAUCAUUGUUCCAAAUCCUGAGUCGUUUAAAACAAGAGCUAGACGAACUAACAUCGGGUCUUGAUAACGUCGGUGAGUUAGUUGAUAAGGCGCGAGUGUUUCUAAUACACCGAGAGAUGGCGCUGACGAGGCGACCGCAGAAACAUGAAGGACAGUCGAAAUCAAAUUCAGCAACACAAAGAGACGAGUCGCCUUUCCGACGAGUUGAGGUCAAGAGACGAAGCAUCUCGUCUAGCUUCAGCAGCAUGUUCAACAGGAAGACAAACGUAUCACCAUCACAACAGAACUCAAACAGCUUACAACAUACAAGCAACGUGACACCAACACAGAAGCGACCAAUUUUCACCCAAGAAGUGUACUGGAAUCAAUCAAUUACGCUAAGAUCAAUACUUAACGCGGUAAUAUUAGACGAAUGGUUGAAGGAACUAUCGGCUAUAUGCGAGGAACAUGCCUUACGUCUUACAGCCGAUGUCUACGAAAACGAUACAUACAUACGAUCCGUGGCAUUAUGA